AUGAGGUCUACCCUCCGUCUGUUGGCGAACGUCAAGUCGCCCCGGUACUUGGAGCCUUUUGCUCCCACCGGAUUGGCCGGCCUGGUCACCCAUCCCAGUCCCCGCCCGACCUUGAUCUAUCUCUACACCACCACUCUGCAGAAAUUGAAGGCCUUCCCCGAAUCUUCCGUCUACCGCCAGUCUACCGAGGCCCUCACCCGCCACCGCCUGGAGAUCGUCGAGUCGACGAAACCGCCCGGAUUCGACGCUUGGUUGGAACGGGUGAAGAAGACCGUGGGCGCCGAACCCGCUCGAUUCGCCUCCCUCCGUCGCCCGGAUGGUUCGUAUGCCGCUUUCCAGAAGGAUGACGGAAGCGACAACCCCCGCGGUGAGGAGUGGGAUGGCGAAUCCAUUGAAGCGACUACCGAAGGUCCUACCCGUACUGCGGAGCAGGAGGCGCGAUGGGAAAAGGUCAUUGAGGAGUCUACGAAGCCCGAGGACAAGGAGACGGAUUUCUUCCCCGAGGCCAUGAAGUGGGAGAACGAGCCUGCUCUGGAAGCACAGCAAAUCUCCGAGAUUGAGAACAAGAUUGCCGCCGGUCUUAUCGAAGAAGUCAUCCAGGUCGCUGAGGGUGAGAUGAAGCUUGUGGAUGAGAUGUACCAGGCCCAGGUCUGGGAGGAACUCGAGGAGAAGCCCAAGCCCGGCCAGUGGACCUACUUUGAGCGCAACACGUCCGGCUCGUCAUAA